AUGAAGGAACCAUACAGUUACAGUCUACAUGUUGAUGAGGAGCUGCUUCGAACAACGAAGGAAAAGCUGAGGCUGGCUAGAUUCCCAGAGGAGCUUGAAGACCUGGGGGACGAUGAUUGGAGUCACGGUGCGAAAGUGAAAGAGGUCAAACGAUUGGCUCAAUACUGGCUUGAUGGCUUCGAUUGGAGGGCUCAAGAGGCAGCUAUCAAUGCAGACUUCAGGCAAUGGAAAGUCGAAAUAGACGUGCCUGACUACGGUCCCCACACCUUCCACUACGUCCAUGAACCCUCUUUGUCCUCAGACGCUAUCCCACUACUCUUCGUCGCUGGCUGGCCUGGCUCCUUCCUCGAAGCUCGUGAGCUCAUCAAACCUCUCAUAUCCUCUCCCAAUGACAAUACUCCGGCAUUUCACAUCGUCAUUGCCUCCCUUCCUGGCUUCGGCCCCGGCGAUGCACCCAAGAAUUCAGGGUUCAGCCCGUCUAAGACAGCAAUGGCUUUCAAGACCCUGAUGGUAGACGUCCUGGGCUACAGGAAAUUCGUAACGCAAGGCGGUGACUUCGGCUCCUGGGUCACACGCAUCAUGGCACACAUGUACCCCGAACAUGUCAGAGCUUGCCAUACCAAUUUCAUGGUCAUGGGACCACCGCCCUUCUACAAGAAUCCCUUGGUCUUCGGCCGCCUGAUACUCAACUCCGUCCUCUACACAAAGAAAGAGCAGAAGAUGCUAGAAAAGGCACAAUCAUUUAUGAAAGAACACAUGGCAUACGCAAUGGUCCAGGGUACAAAACCGCAGUCUCUCGCCUUCGGGCUUGGUGACUCCCCAAUCGGCCUACUGGCGUGGUUUCUGGAGAAAUACCACGCCUGGACCGACAACGAGCAUUACAGCUGGCCGGACGACCAGAUCCUCACGUUCGUAAUGAUGCACUGGAUGCAAGGCGCCACGCCGGGCUUCAGGUACUACAAGGAGAGCUUUCAAGAGAAGGGGCCGUACAGCGGACUCAACGUUUUCGGGAAGUGGUGCGAUGUGCCAACUGGGUAUAGUGAGUUUCCGAAGGAGACCACUAGCUUUCCGUUGGAUUGGAUUAGGACGUCGACGAAUUUACAGUGGUUCAGGGAACAUGAUCGCGGUGGGCAUUUUGCUGCUGUGGAACAGCCGGAGCUGCUUGUGCAGGAUAUGAGGGAGUGGUUUGGCAGUCAGGUUGUGAGGGAGGCUAUGCGUUGA